AAGCAGGGCAGGGAAGGGUUAAGCAGAUGCUCUCGGGCAUUGUCCCAUUCUGCGUCUCUUCUAACUCCUGCGUAGACCUAAGCCAGCAGCAGCCAUGCCAUGCCAGCCUUGCUGCUAGCAUCCGCAUCUGGAACGUGUCUCGUCGUCACUGCUGCUGCUGCUGUUCGGACGAAGGGGCGGGCCUCCUCCUCCUUCUCUUCCCCCUCCUCGCACUAGCUCGCUUGCCGCUCUUGCAUCUCGGCUGCUGUUGCAUUGCGGGACGUCGGUUCGCUGCACUUCUAGGGAGAAUUGGAGGUGAGAAGGUGCGGGGGUGCCAUCUAGGACGGCAGCCAUGGCAAUGAUCGGGCGCGUCGUUGGCCGUGCUGUGCCCAGCGCCCUCUUCCGCCGAGGUGGCCUUGAUUGGACUCGCAGCUUUGGAUCCUCGGGGGAUGACUCCACACCUGAAGCGCCCUCCCCCAUUCCGCAGCACUUUGGCCCUGGGAAACUUGUGGGGAAAACUGCUCUCAUUACAGGAGCGGGAAGUGGAAUUGGACGACAUGCCGCGCUUUUGUUCGCACAGGAAGGAGCUUCUGUCGUUGUGGCUGAUCGUAACCUGGCAGCUGCUUGCCGCACUGUUGAUGCUAUGCAUGAGCUCAAUGGUCAAGGUGUUGCAGUAGGCGGUGAUGUUUCCGUCGCUGAUGAUGUAGCAGCAAUGGUUGCUAAAGCAGAGAAGGUUUAUGGCGGCCUCCACAUCAUCUUCAAUAAUGCCGGUAUUAUGGAUUCAGGGGAUGACAAUGUCAUCAACACACCUGAUGAUGUCAUAGACCGGACUUUGGCAAUUAAUGUCAAGGGAGUGAUUUAUGGAUGCAGGUACGGCAUCCCCGCAAUUAUCAGAUCUGGGGGAGGUUCAGUGAUAAAUACAGCAUCUUUUGUAGCAUUUUUGGGGGCAGCAACCCCUCAAAUUGCAUAUACAGCAAGUAAAGGAGCGGUACUCGCUCUCACACGUGAACUGGCUGUAAUACAUGCGAGAGAAGGAGUACGAGUCAAUUCUCUUUGUCCAGGCCCCUUGAGAACAGAGCUUUUGAUGAAGUUUUUGGAUACCGAAGAUAAAAAACAGAGGCGACUUGUUCAUAUUCCCAUGGGUCGCUUCGGAGAGGCAUCAGAGAUGGCUAAGGCAGCGCUCUUCCUAGCAUCUGGUGAUAGCUCAUAUAUGACCGGCGCAAGCCUGCUUGUGGAUGGUGGGAUAACAUCUGCGUAUGUGACACCUGAAUGAGGCGACUAUGAAGUAAUUCUGAAAAGUACAAACAUCCAAGACUUCAGCUUACAUUUUCGAGGCGAGUGUAAGAAACUCUACAAAUGCUCGACUAGUCGCUGGUACUGUCAGUCGUUUUUCAAUUGCAAUAUCGUACCUAAUGCAAUGUAGAAUGCAUUCGGACUGAAGUUCACUACGUUCAACCAGCAGUAGCAAAAUCAGGGGACCGAAAGCGUGACGAGAGAAAAAAAAUAAAAAUAUGAAGUCUGUAGUGCCUCUUGUGUGAUAUCCGUGAGGUUUAUGAUGAAAGUCUACUAACAUUAGCUCUUUAGAGUUGACACACUGCGUCGGGGAGGGGCAUUUGAAUAAGUGAGCGAAGGCUAGAAAGCUCUGCCCACUUCGAUGUGAUUGGCGUUAGUCCAAUGGUUUCAUGGAACAGCAUUCAGCUAUAGGCGUUAGAAAAUCAAAAUUCCUUUGUUUGAAGAUGCUCUUUCAAACGUGAUGAGUUUCAACUUGGCCUUUUUGGUAACAAGUGAUACAAAUUACGACGGAAGGGUUCUUAUACACAACCACAUCCACUUGGUGUUAUUGACCAUAGAUAGAAAUUUACUUUUUCAGAUUCAUCUUCAUGGCA